ACCGAUGAAACAAAAUUCGCCCUACGUAAAAUAAUCCAGCCGCCAAAAUUUCUCGCGCAGCUGUCCUUCAUUUUUCGGACAGAACGAGGUCGAUGCGCCGGAGAGAUUUCUUCAUUUUUGAUGCAGCCAUUGGAUAUCGAAACUGAACUUCUCAGGUUCAAGUGAACUCCCGACCGUCAUUUACCCCAAAUGGACAUUGCUUUCAAUUCUUCGUCGUUACUUCGAUUGAACAAGAUUCCCACUGCCCUUGUCUUUCCCACUCAUCCUCGUAAGAUUUCAGUCGUCCAAUCCAAGCGGUUUGUUCCAAUGGCGGCCCUUACAGUUUCCAAUGCUAUAGGACUGUCGGAAACAUUCAGCAAAUUGAAGGAACAGGGCAAGGUCGCAUUUAUCCCCUACAUAACUGCUGGUGAUCCUGAUCUUUCCACCACGGCUGAGGCAUUGAAGGUUCUUUCCAACCAUGGAUCAGAUAUAAUUGAACUUGGUGUUCCAUAUUCAGAUCCCUUGGCAGAUGGCCCUGUUAUACAGGCUGCAGCGACUCGGUCCUUGGCUAGGGGGACAAACUUUAGUGCAAUCAUUUCUAUGCUGAAGGAGGUUAUUCCUGAACUGUCUUGCCCAAUUGCCCUUUUUUCAUACUAUAACCCAAUUCUUAAGCGUGGCGUCGAGAACUUCAUGAUGACAAUAAGAGAUGCUGGUGUACAUGGGCUUGUUGUUCCGGACGUUCCUCUGGAAGAGACUGAAAUUUUGAGAAAAGAAGCUGUAAAGUACAACAUCGAGCUGGUACUCUUAACUACACCGACCACGCCUAAAGAUAGGAUGAAAGCGAUCGUUGAAGCUUCAGAGGGAUUUGUGUAUCUUGUGAGCUCCGUAGGAGUUACCGGUGCCCGUACAUCAGUGAGUGAUCGAGUUCAAACUCUCCUUGAGGAAAUCAAAGAGGCAACAGAAAAACCAGUGGCAGUAGGUUUCGGUAUAUCAAAACCCGAGCACGUGAAACAGGUGGCCAACUGGGGGGCUGAUGGGAUCAUAGUUGGUAGUGCUAUGGUGAAGCUGUUGGGAGAAGCUCAGACUCCUGAAGAAGGAUUGAAGGCACUAGAAAGCUUCACCAAAUCCUUAAAAUCUGCUCUCUCCUAAUCAAAUUUUGAUGGAAUAAGAGGUCAGCUAGCUCUAUCACUGAAGCCUGCUAGUGUUUUACAGUCAUCUUUAAAUGAUACUUAAAACAUUUCUCUUUCUUUUUAGCUGAAUAAGACUGUCAGUUUAGUUCUGUUUAAGGAUAUUGCUUGGUGUUUUAGCUAAUAUAAGUUUUGUUCUUUCUGGUUCAAAA